AUGUCCCUAAACAUCUGGCCACCCAUCUCCCCUGAAGAGCUCAAGGUUCAAAUAGCAGAAACCUUGAAGAAUGAACUCGAAUGGAUAACGACCGAAAGCCUCGAGGUCUGCCGCGACCUCAAGCACGGCCUCGAAGACUGCUAUGCGCUGCUCGCGCCCAUUGACCCGGGUAGCACGCUCGUCAUGAGCACACCGCGCAACGAAAAGGUCAAGGGGACGAUUACCCGCGUGGGAACCCGCAUCGUCAAGGGCACCUUGAACCUCCAGCUUCGAACCACGUCGACCACGUCCCUCACCAUCGCCCCCCACCAACCCAUUUACAUUCCCGCCCUCGAGUCGCUCUACACGCACCUCACCCAGGCCGUAACCCUCCUCGACGUGACGCUGAGCCAAGAGCGGUCGCCCGACGCCGCGACGCUCGCCUCCUCCCUCACCCUCCUCGCCGAGUCGCUCGACCAGGCCACCGCGCUGCUCAAGGGCCGACCCCUCACCGAAACCGACCCGACGUGGCAGACGAGCUCUUGCCCCGCGCAGCACUUUACCGCGGCGACGACGACGAGCAGCACCGGCGGAGGCACCAGCACCGUCGGCGGUGUCGGCGCAUUCGCAGCCAGCUUCUCCACUGGCGGCAGCAGCGUCAACAACCCCAUCAGCUUCCACAUUGGCAUACAGGAGAGCUGUGUCGUGCUCUGGCUGCGCGUGCUGGAGCCCGUGAGCGCCCCGGUGCACUUUGGCGUCAAGCUCGGCCUCGCGAUUGGCACGGUGCGUCGCUUAGAGCACGACGAAAUGGACACCGUAUUCAAAUACAAUCCAUCCGGCGACGACUCAACACUCGGCCAUAAAAAGGGCAACAGCGGUGGGGGAAGUGGCCCUGUCCUGUCUGGAAAACGCAGUGAGAAUGCCAAAACAGGCCCCGAAGAAGUCCAUGUUCGUGAAAAGGUCCGUGUUGUCAGUGCUGACCCGUCAUUAAUAUCCUUAUUCUCAAAACUUGGCUUCCUCGGCCAUGUUUUGGGACAGACACGCCGCAACCUAGCUGCGGUACUCGAGAGCUUCCCACAAAACUAG